AUGCAGCGCAACGUUGCGAUACGAGUGAUCUCGGCCUAUCGUACCGUGUCCACGGACGCGGCGCUAUUAUUGGCAAGGAUACCUCCCACCCAUAUCCAUGCAGCGUAUUAUAGGCGCACCUUUAUUCGUGCAAAUGACUCGAAACGGGAUAAUACGUGGAAUCCCCUUGUAGAAAAAGAGAUAAAGAACGGAGAGUUAGUACUUAUGCGUAGGCAGUGGAAAUUAUACCUGCAACGCAGGGACGCUGCUGGCAGGUGUACCUUAGAAGCUAUUUUACCAUAUUUUGAGCAAUGGUUAGACAGAUCUCAUGGAGUUCUCACUUUCUAUAUAACACAAAUGCUUACGGGGCAUGGAUGUUUUGCCACCUACUUGUACCGGAUAGGGAAAGCGAACACCGCCAUAUGUACUUUCUGUAAAAAGGAUGAGGAUUCUCCUGAACAUACGAUACAGGUAUGUGAACAGUGGACAGAAGAGAGAGCGUUGCUAGUUAGUGUAAUCGGCAACGAUCUCUCCUUAAGAUCUAUAAUUGGAAAAGUCCUAGUAUCGGAAGAGAACUGGGAGGCCUUCCACACCUUUGCAGAAAAAGUAAUGUUGUCCAAAGAAAACGAUGAAAGAGCCAGAGAAAGAGCCGCAGAAGCAUCAGAUUCUGGCUCAGCACACGCCAAUAUACACAUUACACAUACACCGGACAGAGGAUGCCCGAAGAGGAAGUGGACGUCAAGUCCAACGGACACGACUCCCGAGGCGGAUCUUAUUCUAACGCGGGAACCACUGGGGAGUCUCGUCCACACCUGA